AUGGCCAAUAUCUAUGCAUCCGCUGUUCCCAUCUCCACAAAUAAUACAAAUGUAGAUGUUAGUCGUCGAUCUGUAACAUAUAUUCCUUGCGUUUGGAAAGAUCAUUUUCUUGCCUAUACUAACCACGUUACGGAAAUCAGUGCCACUGACAAGGAAAUGCUCGAAAAGCAAAAGGUAGAGGUGAAGAAGUUGCUAGCUCAAACCCCGGAUGAUUCAACGCUCAAGAUGGACCUCAUUAAUGCAAUCCAACGUCUAGGUGUUGCCUAUCAUUUUUCCAAAGAAAUAGACGAUUCCUUACGCAAAAUUCACCAUAAUUAUGAAUCACAAAGUAGCAAAGACAAGAACAAUGUUGGAGUUCUUGCUCUCCGUUUUCGUCUGCUUAGACAGCAUGGUUAUCGCGUCUCAUGCGACGUGUUCAACGGAUUGGUAGACAAGGAAGGGAAUCUGAAGGAGUCGUUGAUAGACGACGUUGAAGGGAUGCUAAGCUUGUACGAGGCAUCCAACUGCGGAAUAAACGGAGAAGAUAUUCUUGACAAAGCCUUAGAAUUUUCUUCUUCACAUCUUCGGAAUUCACUCCACAAAACAAUGAGCACUUCUCUUUCGAAUAGAGUGAAGGAAGCUCUAGAGAUGCCGAUUAGCAAGAGUUUGAUCAGACUCGGGGCCAAGAAAUUCAUAUCUAUGUACCAACUAGAUGAGUCGCACAAUCAGACAUUAUUGAAUUUCGCCAAAUUGGACUUCAAUAUUGUGCAGAAAAUACAUCAGAGGGAACUACACCACAUUACAAGGUGGUGGGAGGAUUUGGAAUUUGGAAAAAAACUACCAUUUGCAAGGGAUAGAGUGGCGGAGUGCUACUUUUGGAUUGUGGGAGUCUAUUUUGAGCCACAAUACGACACUGCAAGAGUAUUCAUGACCAAAGUCAUAGCUCUAACUUCCAUCAUUGAUGACAUUUAUGAUGUUUAUGGGACGUUAGAUGAACUCCGACUCUUCACCCAUGCUAUCCGAGGAUGGGAUAUUAGCGCUGCUGAGGAAUUGCCGCCGUACAUGAGGAUAUGUUACGAAGCUCUACUAGGCGUUUAUUCGGAGAUGGAAGAUGAAAUGGCAAAACGAGGCCAGUCAUAUCGCCUUCAGUAUGCGAGAAAAGAGAUGAUAAAGCUGGCGGGGGUGUAUAUGGAAGAGGCGGAAUGGUGUUAUAGCAAGCAUGUUCCGACAAUGGACGAGUAUAUGAAAUUAGCACUCGUAUCGGGAGCUUACAUGAUGCUAUCAACAACUUCUUUGGUUGGAAUGGGAGACCCUAUUACCCAAGAUGAUUUUGAUUGGAUUACGACCGAGCCACCAAUUGUGCGAGCCGCCUCGGUUAUUUGUAGAUUAAUGGACGACAUGGUUGGACACGGGAUUGAGGCAAAAACCACAAGCGUGGAUUGUUACAUGAAAGAAAAUGGGUGCUCAAAGAUGGAAGCUUUUGAUGAAUUUUGGAAGAGAGUGAAAAAAGCAUGGAAGGAUAUAAAUGAGGAGUGUCUAGAGCCAAGGGCAGCAUCAAUGGCUAUACUAGUGCGCAUUGUCCAUCUUGCUCGAGUCAUAAAUUUAUUGUAUGUUGGUGAAGAUUCAUAUGGUAAUCCCAAGACUAAGACCAAAGAGAUGGUUAAAAUGGUCCUCGUAGAGCCCGUGCAAUUCUAG